UAUUUGAUAAUGGAUUAUUAUGUUGGUGGCGAUUUACUAACAUUGCUAUCAAAGUUUGAAGUGCGCAUCCCGGAGGAUAUGGCACGAUUUUACGUUGCAGAAAUGGUGCUUGCAAUCGAUUCCGUGCAUCGUCUCGGCUAUGUACACAGAGAUAUCAAGCCGGACAACGUUUUGCUGGAUAUCAAUGGUCAUAUUCGGUUAGCUGAUUUUGGAAGUUGCCUAAAGCUUCUUCCAGAUGGCACUGUUCAUUCAAAUGUUGCUGUUGGUACGCCGGACUAUAUCUCACCAGAAAUACUCCGAGUUAGUUUUGUUCCUUAA